CUUGAACCUCGACUGCAUCAAAUUUAUUGCGUGUUCAAUACGACUCCGAAACAUCCAGCAGCUACUAUCAACCCACCACCGUUUCUUUUAGACAUCUGUUCCCUGCAUAUAAAACACAGUAAAACGCCUACCAAUUGAGUUUCUGGCAAGUCACUUUCAAAUUGGAUCGUUCACAUUCACAACUGUAAUAACACAGCGCACGCUGGAUCAUGGUACUCAGUACUGCUCGAGACUUGGCCAAUGGCCUCUCCCACAAUAUGGUUCCUGCAGAAUUGCUUUCGACCCUUCUACAAGAAGUUUGUGCGUUGGAAAAUAGAAGGAAGGAGCUGUUGGUCCGCCUUGAAGAAACGAACACAUCGCUCGUCGAAGUCCAAAAACUCUUGACAAGGAAAACAGCGCAAGCACAUACAGUUCAAAAUCUUCUCGCACCCGUAUCUCGUCUUCCAGAUGAGGUCCUGUUGGCUAUAUUCGAAGAAGCAGUACGAAGUCAAGAGCAAGGACAAGUCACACGGACGGAGAUAGCUAUAUCAUACACUUCGCAUCGCUGGAGACAGAUUACGAUCAAUGCCCCUCGGCUGUGGAACAGCCUUUGUAUCAGAGCAGAGGUUCCUAUCGCCAUGUUACAGAUCUACCUCUCCCGCUCCGCGAACAUUCCUCUUACCGUUGAAUUCCGUGAACGCGAAACCGCUUGGCCCGGUGCAGAUAAACGCAGCAUGGCACAUCUUGGUUCUGCUCUUGAUGCUAUAUUGCCUUCAGUCCCUCGUUGGCGGCGUAUCGUCGUUCUGCACAGAUCUUACCCGUACUUUACGCAUGUGUUUCGGGAACUUCGAAAGGUGGCCCCUUUGAAGAUGCUUCAGAGCAUCUCUAUGAGAUCGCCAGGCGUGUGCGGACCAUGUCCACUGUUGCUUGGCGACUCGGCUCCAGCCCUGGAAUCACUUGAAGUCGAAGACAUGCCCCUUCCACCCCCAGUCACGCAGACUUUUGACGCUGCCCACUACAGCGUUGCAGGAUUGACCACGUUGCGGUUGCGGGUGCGUGGGGUGAGAGUUGGAAGCUCCCAUGCAGCAACCGACCCCUCUGCAUUCAGAGCAUUGAUAAGUUCAGCCCCGAUGUUAAGCACCCUCGAAAUCUAUGGACAACCCAUAAACUUUGGCCAGGAGAGAGUUAAUGAAGAAGACAUUCUUCCCUUGGAGAUUCCUCGUCUCCGCACUCUGGUUCUUCGUCCGGGCACGCAGCGUCCUCGUGAUUUGCGCCACUUUAUCUCGGUGAUCAAAGCACCAACUCUCCGUCACUUUGAGCUAGUCUAUCCUGACAACGCUCCACCUGGGCAAGAUGUAUCCGAUCUUCUAUUUGACCCUUUCCCAUUAGCCAGAUUUCCUUGUGUGGAAACUGUGCAUCUUCAUAAUGCGGUUCACGCGGAUACUGUUGCGGCAUUUAUGAACGCGUUUCCGGUUGCGGCUCGCAUUACACUCGGUAAUCCGGAUGCUAGCUGCCUUUUCGAAAACCCAACUUCCAGUAGCACGCGUAGCCCGUGGACCUCUUCACACGCCCAGCACCUCACUGUCAUUUCUCCACUUCACAACACAUUGCUGCAGAUGUACGAGUGGCUUCUCAGUGGGGCUAGCCAGGGCCAUCGAUUGCCAAUAAUAACACUGGAAGGGCCCAUCCGUGCUAUCGACGGCCCUGAAUUUCUUACACAAUCGUCGAAAAUUGCGAGCUGCACGGAAGUGCGGCUGUGUGAUAUUGACCUCUCCAUGUCGGGGUAGAUUGCUUGUUGCACGCGUCUAAUAAUUAGUUGAAGGUAUGUGUGCGCCUUGUCCUUCCA